UCGAAACUCGAAAAAAGCAAGUUACAGUUUUGAGGAUUUUAUUUGUAUUUUAUUUUAUUUAUAACAAUGACUGACUCGGAUGAGACCAGUUGGAUUAAUUGGUUCUGUAAGAAGCCCGGAAAUGAGUUCUUUGUGAUGGUGGACGAGGACUUCAUCCACGACAAGUUCAACCUGAUGUUCCUAGACAUGCAGAAGAAGAACUAUAGCAGGGCACUCCAGGUGAUCCUCGACCUGAAGACUGGGUCCGCCUCCGAUGGUGUACUCGAUUCCGAAGCGGAGGUUCAAGAAGCCGAGGAGCUCUACGGGCUGAUUCACGCCCGUUUCAUCGUCACCGACCGCGGCAUCGAACUGAUGUACAAGAAGUACGUGAAGGGCGUCUUUGGGAAAUGUCCACGCGUUUUCUGCACCUGCGCCUUCUUUGGCACUAACUUUCCUCACAUGCUCUUCAUGGUCAAGCCAGAGACGCGUCCCAAGCGCUCCAAGGUUAAGUUUGUGGCCAGACUGUAUGGCUUCAAGAUCCAUCCCCUUGCCUAUCGCUCUGAGACACAUAAGGACUCGGACGAAGAAGCUGAUACCUAGAAGGAAUGAUUCACUUAAUACU